GCAUAAACAAUUCAAGGAAGUCAAGAAUAAUGAGCGUACCAUGUAAUAUUGCCUUGUGCUAUGUUGGCAAUGGAAUGGAAGAAUCAGAUUCUAGAUUGGAAAGAAGAAUUCAAGUAAAUGGUUGAAACAUAAACCAGCUCAUGAGCCAUCUUCAUUUUUAUUCUGACCUGCUUUCUGAUAUCCACUUUUCUGUCUUCCAUCCAAGCAUUUCUGAGUUCUCAUUCUACUCUUGGGUCUUAAGUCUCUCUCUCUCUCUCUCUCUCUCUCUCUCUGGCUGUCAAUUUUCAUGACAGAAAAGGUUUUCUGCAUGGUCAUGAGGAUCCACAUCGACUGCAAUGGCUGUUACAGGAAAGUAAGGAGAUCACUUCUUAGUAUGAAAGAGUUGGAGAAACAUUUGAUAGAGAAAAACCAGAGCAUGGUAACUGUUUUUGGAAGAUUUAUUCCACAGCAAGUGGCAAGCAAAAUAAGGAAGCAAACUAACCGCAGAGUUGAGAUAUUGGACAUCCAAGAAUUCGGCCGCACCUACGAAAAUCAAGACCCGAAACCUUAGAUCAGUUCUUCCAACCUUAAUGUGUCCAACAGCAGCAGCCAAAUCGAAUCUUGUAUAACAGUUAAAGCUUGCAAUUGAAGCUGCUAGCUUCAAUCGUUGUCUGUCAAUUUUGGUGGUCUGUCUUUGUUCAUUGUUGUUGACUAUUUUUUCAAAACCUCUGUUCUCCUUUGCUAAUUGUUAGUUUAAGAGAUUCUACAAAAAUAAGUAUUAUAAACUGACGUGGUUUAGUGUGAUAUAAAUACAUUAUG